AUGGCGACCACCUGUUGCACGUGGUGCGUCCAAUCGCCGCUUCUCAAACACUCCAUUCGAUCGAUCCUUGGGGACAGCUUUUCUGGACCUGAGGGCUCCAAAGCUAUCGAAAAAUCUUUGACUGCUACAGAUUCUGAGGAGAGAAAAUACGCCACGGGGCCUUACGAAGGUCCUCCGUCCGCGUGUGUGAAUCCGCCCCACACUGCCAGUAGUAGGCCUAUGAGCCAAGUCGGCAAUCUGUCAACUCCUGAUGAGGAAUCUGCGCUAAAUUACCACGGACAGUCCGCUGCUCACCGUGGCGAGAGCGACGACCCCGCGGAGGAUGGGGCAGUUAGCCAGGCCGAGUCCACCGAGGGGGACUCUGCUCACCCGUCCGCCCCAGCGGGUGAAAACCAACCCUGUAAGGCGUCGUCAGUCCCGGGCGUUGAGCUCGGCUUGCUUGUUGAUAAGGUCCCAAUCGCCCACCUCCCGGGACCGUGCCGCCAACAACCCGUGUUUCUGAGAGAUUUCUCCGGGUGGUAUCGGCACUUUGGGCCCGUCCCACUCGCCACUGGCGGCUGGUCCUCGCUAGUGCACCCCGGACAUGGGUGCGUAACACCUGCCUAUCAUUCGUUGGGUCUGACCGGACGGUGCGUCAGACCAGGCGGGGAAAUCCUGAUUCAUCCGGAAGCCUUCAUUGCCGACAGACGGGUUGACUUUGCGCAAACGGAGGGAAUCCGAGAUUCAGAUCAGAGCAAGAAGAUGGCACUUUGCUCAGAAUCAGCGACACGUGUACCGUCUCGAUCACCCAAAGUACCAAGGCAUUCACGACGCCCUUGCCCCAAACGUAAAGCGACGAGGGCACCCCCGACUGGCCAGACGCCACCUUCUUCUCCACGGUCGCCCCCCUUGACUGGCACCGCCCCUCGGUCCGCAAAAGUUUGGAGUCCAGGUAAAGGAAACGACACUGUUGGCCGCAACGUUUCCCAGCCACAGGAACUUCGCAGUCACGAGGACCGCCAGGCUUCUCACGGAGGCCGUCCCGACCACCACCUGGUCGAAGGGAAAACACGUGAUGAGUCGCAAUGGAAACGGGGCGUAAGAAUCGACGACGUGAAGAAGGAAACCAGCGUUGCAGGAGAGCUUGCACCGCGUGACGAUGGCUGUUUAGUGUCGAAAAAUCAACGGAACCUGGAAGUUACAGCUAGAAAGCGGGGUGGCAGCGACUCCGUCCGUCUCAGCUCACCAGUUUCAGACGAGUCCCCGUCGGACGAGAAGAGCCCCACCAAGCGACAGCGCAGGAUCCGCACCACCUUCACCCCGGAGCAGCUGCGGGAGCUCGAGUGCGUUUUCCAGAUGACGCAUUACCCGGAUGUUCAAACACGGGACAUUUUAGCCGCCAAAACCUGCCUUGGAGAGCAGAGAAUCCAGAUCUGGUUUCAGAACAGACGUGCCAAAUGGCGGAAGUACGAGCGACUGGGCAACUUUGGUGGGCUGCAAGACCUCAAGAUUACGCACAUCGUCCCAGCACCCAAAUCUCUACCACGCAUCGACUUUGCGAAACGUGAUCCAAGUGUCCACUCAUUUGCCGAGUGCUCAUUAGCCGGCGAAUUCUCCUCCAUCAGUGGACUGCCAACGUCACCUUUUCCAAUUCUCCAAUCAGCGGCCGGCAUCGCCAUACCGGCCCCGCCCAUCAUCCCCUCUCUGUCGCCCAUUGGUCCGAUGCCUGGCCUCAAUCCAAAGAUCACGGGAGAGGAUCGGAAGUGCUCGAGCAUAGCGAGUCUACGGCUCAAGGCCCAACGGCACGGAAUGGAGUCCGUGGUCUCCUACUGAAAUUAAAGGACUGGAUGAACCGCAGAAACUAUUACACCUCUUGAAUCAGCUGGCUUUACUUAGUCCACCAAGUACCACUUACCGUACUCCACUAUCGUUGGAGUGGGGGGGGGGGUAUUGAGAAACGCAUUGAUUUCGCACACUCCCGAUUUACCCCACCCGCUACAUUUUCUCCGAUAUCAUUACAGUAUAUGAUAAAAUUAUUAGAUCAUGCCAAGCCUUGAGUUUUCCACAGAUUUCUUGUGGUCAUAUUGAAAUACAAUUGUAUGAAACUCGGACGCAGUUAUUUUGUCCUCGGAACAUAUCCGUUUUUUCCAAGACACGACGGCCCACUGAAAGCAAAAACCCAUGUCUAACGAAACUGACUUUGUAGUGGUUGUCUCUUCGUACAUGCCAAGUCUCACGAGGAUUGCAGCUACGGCAAUGGUCAGAGCGCCUCAAGAGCAAAAGUCAUUAUCAGUUGGUCAAAAAAAGAAUGUAGAAAUGCAAUCUAGGUCCCACCGAGAUUUGAACUCGGAUCGCGAGAUUCAGAGUCUCGAGUGCUAACCAUUACACCAUGGGACCCUCGUUGAUGUUCUAAAAAAUUAAUGUAUUUUGUAACGUUUGCUUGCUCUCGCCACUGAUGUAAAUACUGAAUGAAAGAGUUGUA